AUGUCUCAGCUCUCCGACGUCUACGCAUCAUCUAGCUUCGACGGGACACAUACCUUCGAGGCUAUCAGUGAUGACGAGGAGGAGGAUGUUGAGUUGCGUCUUGAUACACCAGCUGCUAUAUCAAUUAUGCAAACAACCCCGAACGCACCGCCACUCUCAGCAGUCGCCGCUGGAAAGCGGCCUGCGGUCACUUCUAGUGAUGAGGAAGAUUCUGAUGCCGAUAGAUUUGCGAACCCGGAGGAGAACCUAUCAUUAUCCUUCCCUGAUACGCAGCAUCGUGUAUCAGGUAGGAUACGGAAGAAGUCGAGACUACUGGAUGGGUAUAUAGUUUGA